AUAACCCCCAAAAGCCCCACAACCUUCACCCUCACCACCCCACCCGCCACCGACCUCUGGCGCCCCAACACCACAGCCAACAACUUCACAGCCCCCUACAUCUACACAACCUGCCUCUCCUCAGCCUUCAAAUCCAUCUCCGUAACCCUCUCGUCAAACUGGAAAACACGGUACGAUCAAGGCGGGAUUGCCGUGUUCUUUCCUUGUUCCAACCACCAUCACGACGAGAGGCAUCAGAAGGGAAGGAGGGAACCACUCAAAUGGGUGAAAACGGGCAUCGAAUUCGAAAACUCCGCGCCGCAGUUCGGGACCGUGGGGACGUAUGCGUUUUCGGAUUGGAGUUUGAUUCCGGCGGGAUCGAAUCAGGGGAGGUUUGUGGUGGAGAGGAGCACGACGGAGAUGUGGGUUUAUGCGGUUUUGGAGGAGGAGAGGUAUCCGCUCAGGGAGGUUACGUGGGCGUUUUUGGAGGAGAGGGGGGAGGAGGGGGCGGAGGUUUGGGUGGGUGUUUAUGCUGCGAAGCCG